AUGGCGGCACGCCCAGUCGCUCACUGGGCACAAGUAACCACCAGUACAAAAUAUUUUCAUUUAUUUUUAUAUUUAUAUUGUCAGAGUGUCAUCAGUUUUAGGAUGUAUGGUGAUACCAACUGAUCUGAACUAUGUAUGUAUGUAAAUGAAUAUAAAAGGUGAUGCAUUGAAUUUUUAAUAUCAUUACAAGUGCAUACACUAUUUUAUAAGAUCGAGAAGGAGAAGCAUCAAUUCUUCACAUUGAGUAUAACAUAAUAUCCAUAAUAUCAUGCAUUAUGAAGGAUUGCAGAUAUCUUCAUCGCUUCAAGGGCCGAGUUCGACACUUGAAAAUGAAAGGCGUCCGCAAAUUCGGGAUGAUAGUAUCGAAGCGAACAAUUUGCAUGCAAUCUGGAAAAAAGAGGAGAACGCAAAAGAGAUGCAACGCAUACUUAGUGCCAUUCAAGGGUACACCAAACAGAUCUCAGCGGUAAAAACCCCUACGUUAUUACCAUCAUUGGCUAGUAUGCCUUUUUCAACAGGGCAGAGCACCCUCAAUCCCACUCAGGAACUCAAUAAAUCACACCUUACAGGCACACAGUCUAUGCCUUGCUUAACCGGUGAGGAUCCUGUCAGACAAUCGGUCAGUUCGAUGUCAUGGUCCCAAUCAGCACUGCCGACGCCGAUAGAGUUGUGCUCUACGGUCGAUAACACCGGUCAAUGGGCAGAACAUUCAGGAGGUAUGAUCACAGGUAACGGUAAUCCUAGUCAGCUGCCAACAAUGGCGGGAACACAAACAAACGGCUUUAAGCUAUUGAAGCUAUCACAUGACCAGCAAAAAUCACGCAGAUCGCUGUCUGCGCCCACUUCUACACUGGAAGAGGAGCGCAAUCAGGUACUGUCAUCAGCUAAUUCCUUUCCAGGUCGGCAUUGUCUACAGCAGACAGAGUUCAAAGACUUAAACCCACUCAGCUUCAAACAAACACGCGACGAUGCAAUGACUCUGCAAAACUCACAGGAUACAAGGCUUUCAAUCCUGGACAUGUUAAACCGAGCUUCUUCCCCGAUGGAUGAAUUCGACAAUGUUAUGCAUGAUCAGCAGUCCAAACUCUUUUCAAAUCAGUGGCAAACGAAUCAGCUUGACAACAGGUGCGAGUUUAAUUCUAUAUCAAUGAUUCAGUCGGAUCAUCCGGGUCGGGAACAAAAGGAUAUACAGUUUUAUACAGAGCGAGUCCAGCAGAGGAGACAAUCACUCCGAAUAACACAGAGGAUUCACGAUGUUAUAAAUACCGCCCACCAAUAUACAACGGGUGUACAAGAUGUUGGUCAAUUUUAUACUCGUCCAACGAACAUGGUACCAGCUCUAAACGAUAGUAAAAGUGGGCAGCUCUACCAAGAUGGCAAUAUGCACACAAAUGCACACAGAACACAACAACGCAGACACAGUGUGUGUGGCAACGUCGAUCUCAAGAAAACUGGUAGGGGUAGAGUCAAGUCCAGCAGCAGGAAAAAACAAGAAUGCGCACAUUGUAAAACAACCACGACCACGACCUGGCGACGACAUGAAAGGCAGCUUGUGUGCAACGCUUGUGGAUUAUAUUUCAAAACAAAAGGACGCAUGCGUCCCCUAAUAGUCCAGCAAAAAGCAAAGCAGUACCAGAAUCAACAUAUGAAUAUUCCAUUUUAAUACAAGGUACAAUAAACCACAGACUCCAAGACUAAUG